AUGAGAGAUCGCGGAGGCCAUGGAUUUAACAAUUCUUUUUUGGACUCGUCCAUUGAUCAUGCACGUUCAAAAAAUGUUCUUAGGCUACACGAUGUUUGGCGUACUUGCAAUAAAAUACGAGCCGCUGUUUUUCGCAUCGGACUCGAUUUAUGGGAAUACUAUAAACCUCUAGAUCCUGACAACCGUUGUCUGAUAUCAGAGUCCAAAUUUAUUUCUGUUUUGGCUGGACCUCUGAAGGGCGUAAUUGGCUUAUCGGAUAAAGAAAUCUGUGAUUUGACGGAUUAUUUUCGGAUUCAGGAUGGCCGGAUUCUUUAUUCGCAAUUUUGCGAAAUUAUCCAUGAAAACAUUCCUAAUUUUGGCAAAAAUAAGCCUCUCAUAACCGGCUUGGAAUGGGAGGACCCAUUGCAUGUAAAUGUCUUAAGUUGUACAGAAACACGAAAAUUAAAUCUAAUAAUUACUCAAAUCGCCGUGCUAGUGAACAAAAGAAAAAUUGCACUUCGACCAUAUUUUCAAGAUUACGAACUGAUUGCAAAGAAUGUCGGAACAAUCACUCUCGCACAUUUUGGUCGAGUUUUAAAAUUUUUAGGCAUCGUCCUUGGUGCCGAAGAGUUUCGUCUACUCGUAAAAAGAUUUGCCAAAGAUGCCUACACUGUGAAUUAUGUUGCAUUUCUGAAAGCAAUCGAUGAAGUUCAAUGCUAUUUAGAUGAACAUGGAAUGAUGAGUUUCAGUGGGGACCUGCUCGAACAAUUUCCCGGUCGAAUAAUUACGGUUGAACUGCCUAAACUACCACGACCGGAAAUCGGCAAAGUCAUGCCUAGUCAAGUAUUUGGUAGGCAAACGGUGUUUCAUCCGGUAAUGGAACCGACAAAAGAAGCGAUGUCUACGUUAGAAGUCAUUAAACGUAUUCAGAGACACAUUCUUGAGCAUCGAAUACGUAUUCAUGAUUUUUUCAAGGACUUUGAAUAUCUGAAUGAUAGUAAAAUGACCGUCUCACAAUUUCGAAGAGCGUUAGACGCGCUUCAAAUAUCGUCCUUGGGUCGUUUAUGGCUCGUCGAACCAGAAGUUGACGCCCUGAUCGCGCUUUACAAAGACCCGGAUGAUCCCAAUCGCGUAUGCUGGCGUACGUUCGAGGAUGAUAUAAAUCAUGUUUUCACCGUGAAAGGACUUGACAAAUUACCGAAUCUUAGAGUGGAAUCACCGCCCGAAGAAAUAGCUGAGCUAUCUCGGAGAGGCACAUCAAAUUGGCAAUGCGAGCCAAAAAGUAUAAGAGAUCUUUGCGAAGAUGUCUUGCAGAGAAUAAGGCAGCGAGUCGAAGAGAGGAGGAUUCUCUUGAAGCAGUUCUUCAAAGAUUACGACAGACAUAAUCGCGGUCAUGUAACGCGAACGCAAUUAAGACAAGUGCUUAUUACGGCAACUAUACUCUUAUCUCCGGAGGAAGUGUUUGCAUUGGAGCGAAGAUACAACAAUGAUCUAGGAUUCAAUUACAUUCAAUUCCUGCAGGAAUUGGAAUCUCAACCUAUCGUAGAACCUUUAUAUCUUCGAAUGUUGGAGGAUAAAAAAAGAAUCAACGCUGAAAAGCCACCAUCUGAACCUAGCGAGGAUGAAACUAAUAUCGUAUUGAUUUUAGCUAAAAUUAAAGCUAAAAUUGUGCGCGAAAGAAUUAAAGUAUUAGAAUUUAUGCGCCAAUUUGAUACACACAAUCACCUUGUCAUUGAAAGGGUAGAUUUUAUCAGAGGUCUGGAUCAAUUUCGCUGCGGUUUGACACCUGCAGAAGUAGAUACCAUUACGAAGGCUUUUCAAGCCUCUACAAAACCCGAGUUUAUCGAAUAUGUGAGGUUCGCGAAAGUUGUGGAAGAAGCAGUUGUGACAGGAGGUUUGGAAAAAGUUCCGCUUUUAGUUCCCUUGCAACACGUGCCCUCCGAAGCAAGUGAUAAGACCUUUUUGAAUUUUGACGAACGACAGACAGUAGCAAUUGCGAUGGAUAAAUUGUACAAAAUAUCAAGUCCGAAUCUCGAUGAACUCUUUAAAGACUAUGAUAAGGAAAAUAUUGGCACGGUAUCUAAGGAUCGCUUGAUUAAGGCAUUAUCGGUUAGACGAAUGUUGGAACUUAUCACAAAUAAAGAAUUAGAUGCUUUACAUAAGUGCUUUUCUAUCGAGAGAGGUGGUCGCCUGGAAAUAAACUAUCGAGCCUUCCUGCGCGCUUUACACCUGUUACAAGAGAACAAAAAAGCUGUACCUUUCUAAAAAGACGCUAAUCUUAUGGCGAGUAUAAAAACUGAGACUAUUUCUCUUCUCUAUUAUCUUAUAUUAUGCUGCAGUGAAAGUGUCAUAAAUUAAUGCAGUUAUUAUACGCUUCCUAACAAACGAUAAAUCUCUAUUUUUAUAUAGUAAUACA